AUGUUAACCCUCAACGGGGCACUGUCCAAACGACACCGGCUAUCAGUCUGGCAUGUCUACCACAAAGGCGACGAGCACAUCACAAUAACACCAUUCAUCAUACCGAAAAAGGAGUUCGGAUUCAACAAGAAGAAACAUGAAAACCUCGCGGUCGAUUACCCCACAAACGGAGACGGAGCCAAUGAAUCUAACAGCUAUUUUGUGCAUCACCCGAGUCUGCUAUUCCACAAUGCGCCACGUACUCUCCGCCGCGGAAACAAGAAAAACGGAACGCCAAUAUGCCUAAUAAAGUGCGGGGCACUUUGGCUGAACUGGAAAAUCCAGUUCGGCGAUAAUCUAAAGGAUGUUAUUGAUCCUAGAGGCGUGGUAAAAUGGGAGUGUCGAAGUAACCCAAACAACACAACUCUCAACGAUGAUCGUGCUUUGAAAGGGUAUAAAGUCCAUACGUGGAGGGUGUGGGGGGAAAGUGGGAAAAGUUAUCACCGUCAGAUAAAUGCGAGACGCAAGGAAAAGGAAGAAUUUGGAGGAAAGGAAAAUGCGAAAGCCUUAGAUGAUGAUCCCAUUCAGACGGAGAAUGUCGCUGAAGAUGAGAAGAAAAGCUUGGGUUAUUCACAAUCACAUUGCCCCAGCCCUCCUCCUUACUCUGAAGCACCACGGGCGGCUAUACCACAACCAGCUGUUGCUGAAGAAGCAGUUCGUCUCAUCUGGAGUUCUCCAUUUUCGUUGAAUACUCGGCGCUAUACGUUUAAAUACGCCAAUAUCGAAUUCUUCUGGAAAGGGACGAGAGACGUCCCGGAGAAACAAUUGGCGAGAUGGCUUAUGCCGUUCAGUCAUUUGAAGUUGAUUGCCAGACUCCCUGGGAUUGAGAGCGAAGAUAUUCUCGUUGGGAAAUACACACCAAGUUUCGCGUGCCGGAAAUUCGGCGAGUUAUGGAUUUUCGAUUCUGUGGUGGCUAAGCUGCUUGAUGACGGCCAUUCUUCUACCUCGACCGAGCAAGCUGUAGUUAGCGAAUUGCGGGGUAUUUGGGAGACUCGAUUGUAUGAAUUGAUCAUGGCGACAGCCAUGUGUAUGAUAAUUGGCGAGGCGCAGAAGCGGGAGAUUCUCCUGUUGUUACUUACAAUAGCUGCGGAAGGGGGAAGUGCGCGUUAA